AUGGCUUCUACACAGAUUAAUGCCACGCCGCAGGCGGUGAUGGGAUAUGUUCAAAAGCUCGGCGACAACGACCCUGAUUUCCGAUACAUGGCCUUGAACGAUCUGCUCCAACUGCUCAAUCAUGCCAAGCCCGAUUUCCUCCAGCAUGAUUACAACAUAGCUGCUCGUACUGUUGAUAGUAUCAUCAAGACACUCGACGAUCAGAAUGGUGAAGUCCAGAACCUUGCAGUCAAGUGUCUCGGCCCUUUCGUAGGCAAAGUCCCUACACCAGUUAUUGCGCCCAUGAUCGAGAAGUUAUCGACCCUGAAGCUUAAGAACUCCGUGGACAACGCCGUGCCUUCAAUGGCUUUGAGAAACGUUAUUAUCGCUCUCCCUCGCCCCGUACCCGGUAUUCCACCCGCACACGAUGUUCAGGAAGCCUACAGUGCCAUCAGCCGCGUGCUGAUUCCACGACUUAUCGGCCCCGGUCCCAGGACACAAGUCCCCAAGAACCCCAAGGUUCCUCUGCCUCCUGUUCCCGAAGGACUCCUACAAAACGAAGGCGACAUCAACGCCGAAGCUGUUGAUGUGUUGAUCGAGGUGGUACGAUGUUUCGGACCUAUGCUCGUUCAGGUUGAGGUCGAGGCUAUGCAGGAGGUGGUCAUUCAGCUUUUGGAAAGCGAGAAGGGCACAUCAGUUGUCAAGAAGAGAGCUGUUGUUGCCAUUUCUAUGCUUGCUGUUUAUCUAUCAGACGAGCAUUUGCAGGAAGUCGUCAGACGUAUUACGACUGGCCUAUCCAAACAAACAAGCCCGGUCACAAGAAGAUUAUACAUCUCGAUCCUCGGCAGUAUGGCUCGAUCGAUUCCUUCGAGAUUUGGACCUCACCUUGCCUCUACCGCCCCUCUCGUUCUCAAGGCACUUAGCGAGGAAGAGCUCGAAGAGCAUAUGGAAGCACUCAGCGAUGGAGACGACCUCGGUCAGGAUUUCAACGAGAUUCGUGAGGCUGCUCUUGUGGCUCUCGAAGCUUUCUUGGCAUCAUGCCCUCAGGAGAUGCGACCAUUCACAGACGAAACAAUAGACGCCUGCCUACGAUUCCUCAAGUACGACCCCAACUACAAUGCCGACGACGAUGACGAAGAUAUGGAGGAUGAAGAAGAGGAUGAUGAGAUGGACGAAGACGACGAGUUCGACGACGACGGUUUCGAAGACGAUGACGACGAUGCCAGCUGGAAGGUUAGACGAUGCGCCGCCAAGACCAUGUACAUCCUCAUCUCAACACGCGGAAGUGGUGACCUACUGGAGAACGGUGUUCUCUACAACAAGACUGCUCCCUCUCUUAUUAAGCGCAUUUCAGAGCGAGAGGAGAAUGUUCGUCUUGAGGUUAUUUCAGCACUGUCUCUCCUCGUUCGCAAGACAGGAGAGGGUCUCCACACACCCGAUCUUUCUCUCGAAGACUUUGAACCCGAAAUGGAAUCUCGCAUUCCCAUCAGCCGCAAGCGUAGACGCCAAAGCAGUGGAGGUGGUGCUACCGCUUCCCAAUUCAUGUCAGGAUCUGGUCUUGUCUCCCCCACCCAAGAAAAGAUUCCCCCCAGCGGUCCCCGAGCUGAUUUGGCUCGCUUGACACCAUCCAUCAUCAAGGCUAUUACCAAACAGCUCAAGGGCAAGACCAUUCCCACCAAGCAGGCAGUCAUCAGUCUUCUUGAUGAUAUUGUUUCUGUUCAGCACGGUGGAUUGGCCGAGUACUUUGACCAAGUCAUUGGACCCAUCAUCGAUGCCAUCCAACCCAGUGGUUCUGGUCAUGUUUCCGCCAACCUGUCAUCGCAUGCUGGUUCGUCUACAGCAACCCCUAGCACACUUAGGAUUACUGCUUUGGGUGUUAUUAGCGAUAUUGCAAAGACACAUUCAUCUACUAUUCUGCAGCCUUAUCUCACCAAGAUUGUUGAUGGUGUUACUUCUGCCGCCAACAACCGAUACUACAAGAUUUCAAGCGAGGCCAUUCGCACUGUCGAGGAACUCGUCAAGACGAUCACACCCCCACGAUCACGAAACGCUGCCUCCAAGUACAAGGCUGAGCUCGAUAAGCUUUACGAGGUUAUUUCCAACCGGUCAUCUGCUCAGGAUGCAGACGCCGAGGUCCGUCAACGUGCGAUCCAUGCUCUUGGUGUUUUGAUCUCUCGAACUUCCACUUCCGAGGGCUCUUCUCUGUUGUCCGCGGACAAGGUCAAGGCUGCUCUGGAUAUUCUCCAAGAGCGACUUAAGAAUGAGACCACCCGUCUGGCUGCAGUUCGCGCAGUUGAAAACGUUGCUCGAUAUGCCAAAACUCCAGGUCAACUCGAGAAGCAAUGGAUUCAGGAUGUCGCUUUGGAGCUUUCUGCUCAACUGCGAAAGGCCAACCGAGCUCUUCGUGGAUCCAGUAUCAUCGCUCUCCGAAACCUUGCCUUGUCACCCGCUACCAAGGGACAACUUGAACCUGAUACCAUCAAGGGAAUUGCUGCAGAUCUGAUGCCCAUUAUUACCAAUAGUGAUACACAUCUGCUUGGCCCAACAUUGAUCAUUCUCGCCAAGUUGGUACCCGAACAUCCAGAACUUGUGGUGACCGAAGACAUGAUCUCUGCACUUUCCGACCUACUCAAGCAACAUUACGCAGGUAUCGUUCUUGAUCAGUUACUCCUCUUUGUUAGCGCUAUUGGCGAGAACGGUGCUGGUCAAGAACUCAUGACAGGGUUGCUUCAAGGAGUUAGUGUCGCAGGAGACUCCCCAGUCGUGGGUAAGGUGAUAGGAACACUACUCGUCACUGGUGGUGAGUCUGUUGGUGUCAAGCUGGAUAGCUUUGUGACGGAGCUCUACACAAGCGCUAAGACCGGUGAUGAGGCUCGCGUCAGUCUUGCUCUGGCUGUUUUGGGUGAAGCUGGAAAGCGACUCGGAACUGAGUCAACUUUGAAGCCCGACCUCUUCUUGGACCAGUUCCACGAUGAGCCCGACAAGGUUUCACUGUCUGCUGCUGUUGCUCUUGGUCAGGCCGGUUCUGGUAACGUUCCCGAGUUCUUGCCUGUGAUUUUGAAGACCAUGCAAAAGGGCGGCAACACUCAAUACCUUCUAAUUCAAUCCGUCAAGGAAAUUCUUCAGUCAAUCUCAGCGCAGUCUACUGACCUGCGAAACUAUGCUCCAACUAUCUGGGAGGAACUCCUCAAGGCCUCCGAUAAUGUUGACAACAAGGUCGUCUGUGCUGAAUGUGUUGGAAGACUUGUCACUCUGGACCCUGCAGUUUUUGUUCCUCGUCUUCAGGCUCUUCUCGAGAACCAAUCUCUCGGCGUCCGAGGAAUGGCUGUUCAAGCUGUCCGAUACACCCUCCCCGAAAGCGACGAAGUUUUGGAUGCUAUGCUCAGGGAUGUUCUCAUUUCGAUGCUUCUGACCAUCCUCCAAGACUCCGAUAUGGAUAUUCGCCGACUUGCUAUGACUACCCUUACUACCGCUGCCCGAACGAAACCCGAUAUGAUCCUGCCUCACUUGGGCAAGCUGAUGCCUUACGUCUUGCAAGAGUCAGUGAUCAAGAAGGAACUCAUUAGAGAAGUCAUGAUGGGACCGUUCAAGCAUACCGUUGAUGAUGGUCUCGAGGUCCGAAAGAGCGCAUACGAAACUUUGUAUGCUCUAAUGGAAACCGCCUUCAGCCGUAUCAACAAUAUCGACUUUUACGACCGUGUCGUCGCUGGCCUCAAAGAUGACAACGAUAUUCGUCAGCUCUGCAACCUCAUGGUGACCAAGCUCAUCACCAUCGACCCUGACGAGACAACGCGUCGACUCAACUCGAUUGCAGAAGCGUACAGAACUGUUCUUUCCGUCAAAUUGAAGGAUAAUGCCGUCAAGCAGGACGUGGAGAAGCAGGAAGAGGCGAACAAGAGUAUUUUGAGGGUCACGUUGAUGCUCGGUGAGAAGAUGAAGGCUACCACAGGCAAUGCUGGUGCGGUUGCUAGUAAUGCUGGUGCCGCUAGCAAUUGGACUGGGUAUUGGGAGUGGGUUAACAAGGAGUUUGACAAGCAGUUGAAGUGGCUGCGUGAGGAGAACAGUCAGCUUCAGACGCGUAUGGUUUAG